AUGCACUUCCAGAAGCUCACUGGCAUCUGCCUCUUGGCAUUCGCCUCUGUCUCAUGGGCUGAUGCAGUACCUGAAGGUCGCUACCUGUGGGGAGCUGACCAGAUGGGCAAGAUGGUCCGUCGUGCAACUUCCACUGUCAAGACAUCGUCGACAUCCAAGGCAGCUUCAUCAGUAUCAUCUUCAACACCAGCAUCAUCAUCAUCAAAAGCUGCGUCAAGCAGUGCUCCUGCUUCUUCUGCCAGCACUGCAUCCUCCAGUACCUCAUUAGUGGCUGAUGCUGCUUGCACCAACGGACCAAACUCUCGUUCCUGCUGGAGCAAUGGCUACAGUGUCAAGACCGAUUUUGACCAGAAGCACCCAACCACAGGAAAGACCGUACCUUACAACCUCGAGAUCACAGAAACAACCUGUAACCCAGACGGCAAUGGUGCUAUCCCGUGUUUCCUCAUCAACGGCGUGCAGCCUGGACCAGUCAUUACUGCCAACUGGGGUGACACUCUCUCCAUCACUGUCAAGAACUCCCUCAAAAACAACGGUACCGGCAUGCACUGGCACGGUAUCAGACAGCUCAACAGCGUAGGUUCUGAUGGUUAUGGUAUGGGUAUUACUGGCACGAUUAUCAUCAACGGUCCUGCCACCUCGAACUACGAUAUCGAUCUCGGUACCUUCCCUGUUAGCGAUUGGUACUACGCGGGCACAGAACAGGUCAAUGAUCAGACUCUUGUUAACCUCCAGGCCAACGCCGGUCCACCAAAUGGUGACAACAUCCUUGUGAACGGUCUAGGAAAGAACGCCGCAGGUGCCGGAUCGUAUGCUCAGGUGACCCUCACCAAGGGCAAGAAGCAUCGCCUGCGAUUGAUCAACACCUCUGUUGACAAUGCCAUCCGUGUCAAGCUCGAUGGUCACAACUUCACCGUCUUGCUUGCUGUCGGUCAACGAUACGAUGUCAUCUUUACCGCCAGCCAGACUGGUGGCAGCUUCUUCUUCCGCGCCGAGGCAGCUACCGAUUGUUAUAGUGGCAACAACAAGGGUGGCCGUGCUCUAUUCACCUACUCGGGAUCCACUCCCACCGAGCCUACCGACAGCAAUGAGGUCCCUCCUUCAAACGGCUGCACUGAGCUCGUCACUGUUCCUUACUGGACUCAGGCUGUUGACCAGAGCCAAUACGCCGCUCAGGUCCAGACCCUCAGCACUGGUGUUGCACCCGGUCUCACCACCAAUGGCAAGAACUUUGCCCUCUGGCACUUGGACACUACCGCCAUGAUGGUCAACUGGGACAGACCUACCCUUCAAUAUGUCCAGGAGGGCAACACCAGCUACCCUGACCCCUACGCCGUCAUCGAGAUCCCCACAGAGGGCACCUGGACCUACUGGCUCAUCCAGAUGGGCCAGCAGAACCCACCUCUUCCCCACCCCAUUCAUUUGCACGGCCACGAUUUCUUCGUCCUCGGUUCCGGCGCCGGUGUCUUUGACUCUAGCACCGCAAGCCUAAACUUUGCCAACCCUCCCCGUCGCGACACUUCCAUCCUUCCCGGUCUGGGAUGGCUGUUGAUUGCCUUCCCGGCAAACAACCCUGGCGUCUGGCUCAUGCAUUGCCACAUUGCAUGGCACAUUUCCGAGGGUUUGGGUGUGCAGUUCAUCGAGGCCAAGAACUCGAUCCAGAUGCCUGAUAGCGGGGCUUUCAACUCGCAGUGUGAUGCUUGGAGAAGCUACUCGAAGAAUAUGCUGUACCCUCAGAUUGACAGUGGUCUGUAG